AUGGGGCCACUCCCCACCACCAACGCCCUUUUGCCAUUGAUGACCCGCGACGUGAAAAACCACCUCCUCUUCGAGGUGGCCACCGAGGUCGCCCACAAGGUCGGCGGCAUCUACUCGGUGCUCAAGCUGAAGGCGCCCAUCACCGUCGCCGAAUACCGGGAACGCUACACGCUCAUUGGCCCCUGGCACCGCCAGCUGGCCCAGAUUGAAGUGGAGGAGUUGCCCGUUACUGACCCCAAGAUUAAAGCGGCAUUGGCGUCGAUGUCGGAGCGUGGUGUGCAGUGGUUGUACGGGAGAUGGUUGAUUGAAGGGGCGCCCCGGGUUUUGCUUUUUGAUAUUGGCUCGGUGAGUCACAAUUUAAAUGAGUGGAAACAGGACUUGUGGAACAUUGCCGGUAUCCCUACUCCCGACCACGACCUUGAGACGAACGACGCUAUCCUUUUGGGUUACUUGGUGGCGUGGUUUUUGGGGGAAUUGGUGUAUAAUGACCGCGAACGCGCGGUUAUCGCCCACUGCCACGAAUGGCUCGCCGGUGUGGCGCUUCCCUUGUGUCGUAAACGUCGUAUUGACGUCACCACCAUUUUUACCACUCACGCCACUUUAUUAGGGCGCUACCUUUGUGCGGGGCUGACGGAUUUCUACAAUAAUUUGGACAAGUUUGACGUUGACGUGGAAGCCGGUAAGCGGGGUAUCUACCACCGUUACUGUAUCGAACGCAGUGCUACUCACUCCGCCGACGUGUUCACCACGGUAUCCCAUAUCACGGCCUACGAGCUGGAACACUUGCUUAAGCGUAAACCCGACGGGGUGUUGCCUAACGGGUUGAACGUCGUCAAAUUCCAAGCAGUGCACGAGUUCCAAAACUUGCACCAGAUCAAAAAGGAGAAAAUCAACGAGUUUGUCCGCGGUCACUUUUACGGCAAUUACGACUUUGACCUCGACAACACGUUGUAUUUCUUCAUUGCUGGCCGGUACGAGUUCAGAAAUAAAGGGUGUGACUUCUUUAUCGAGUCGUUAGCUCGUCUCAACCACCGGUUGAAGGAGGCUGGCUCUAAGACGACGGUGGUGGCGUUUAUCAUUAUGCCCGGUAAGACUCACUCUUACACCGUGGAAACGUUAAAGGGUCAAGCGGUCAUCAAACAGUUGGAGCUGACGAUCGAAGAAGUGCAAAAGAAGGUUGGUGACCGGUUGUUUGAGCACUGUGCCCGCCACCCUAACCACCCGGAUACCCCUGAAGUGCCGCUGAUCGACGACUUGAUCAAACCCGCUGACCGCGUGUUGCUUAAACGCCGUGUGUUUGCGUUGAAACGCGACGGUUUACCCCCCAUCGUCACCCACAACAUGGAAAACGACUCCACCGACCCCGUAUUAAGUCAGAUCCGCCGGGUGCAAUUGUUCAACAAGCCCGAGGACCGCGUCAAGAUCAUCUUCCACCCCGAGUUCCUCAACGCCAACAACCCGAUCUUGCUGUUGGACUACGACGAGUUUGUCCGUGGGUGCCACUUAGGGGUGUUCCCUUCGUACUAUGAGCCGUGGGGUUACACCCCCGCCGAGUGUACGGUGAUGGGGGUCCCCUCGAUCACCACCAACUUGUCUGGGUUCGGGUGCUACAUGGAAGACCUUAUUGAGAACACCAGCGACUACGGUAUCUACAUUGUUGACCGUAGAAUGAAGGCUGUCGACGAGCUGAUCAACCAGUUGACCGACUACAUGUUUGAUUUUGCCAAUAAGAACCGUCGUCAACGGAUCAACCAGCGUAACCGUACCGAGCGGUUGCUGGACUUGUUGGACUGGAAGCGUAUGGGCCUCGAAUACAUCAAGGCGCGCCAGUUGUCGCUUAAGCGGGCCUACCCGGAUAAGUUCAAGAACGGUGCCAACCCCUUCGAAGAAGAGCUGGCGAAGUUGACGCGGCCGUUGCUGGUGCCGGGUUCCCCUUCGGCGGACCGGGCGUUGAUGACUCCCGGUGACUUGGGGUCGUUGCUGGAAGCUCACGAGGGCCUCGACACCGAGGACUACAUCCUGUUCAAAUUGGGGCUGAUGGGCGUCGACGACCAGGACGAAGAGGAACUGUACCCGUUGACGUUGCGCGGCACCCUGGUGCCCCCCGAACUGGCAUAG